AUGUGGGUGACUGGCCAAAACUCCCAAUCUUCAUGGGCGAGGCUGCUGGUCAUUGCCCUGACGGGUCUAAAGGCAGUUCAAGCGGUGGAUUUUGAUAUUGCAGAUGACAAUACUAUCAAAAAGGCCGCCAAGGACGUCGCUACGGGCAUGAUGGAAUAUUACACGGGAAAUCGCCCUGGAGAUAACCCUGGAAACUUGCCAGAUCCAUACUAUUGGUGGGAGGCUGGAGCGAUGUUCAAUGCCUUGAUCGACUAUUGGUUCUAUACGGGCGAUGAUACAUGGAACGACAUCACAACCCAAGGGAUGUUGUGGCAAGCCGGAGACAAUGCUGCUUUCAUGCCCAGUAAUCAAAGCAAGACGGAAGGUAACGACGAUCAGGUCUUUUGGGGGUUUGCCGCCAUGUCCGCCGCAGAGAGAAACUUUCCAAAUCCUCCGGAUGGCCAACCGCAGUGGCUCGAGAUGGCCCAGGCAGUUUUCAACACCCAAGCCUCACGUUGGGAUCCAUCUUCCUGUGGAGGUGGUUUGCGUUGGCAGAUCUUCACCUGGAACAACGGGUAUAGCUACAAAAACACUAUCUCUACGGGUGGCUUUUUCAACUUGGCAGCGCGUUUGCACAAAUAUACUGGUAACAGUACAUAUCAGGAGUGGGCCGAUAAGGCCUGGGACUGGAUCUCCGACGUUGGAUUCAUGACAUCCGAUUACCAUUUCUGGGAUGGCGCUAGUGAUUUGAGCGCCUGCACAGAAAUAAACAAAAUUGAAUGGACCUAUAACAACGGAGUCUUCUUGCUCGGCGCAGCCAACAUGUGGAAUGCAACCGAGGACCCCAAGUGGAAGAAUCGAACACAGAAUAUUCUUGACUCGACAGAUAUCUUUUUCUCGAAGACUCCACAAAACGUCAUGUACGAGCGUGCAUGUGAGACAGUCAACACUUGCAUGGUGGAUCAGAGGUCUUUCAAGGGCUAUCUUGCGCGAUGGAUGGCUGCUACCACCCAAAUGGCCCCUUUCACAUUUGAUCAAAUUAUGCUGAAGCUGAACGCUUCUGCUACAGCCGCCGCAAAAAGUUGCAGUGGUGGGGAUGAUGGAAUUACAUGCGGCCUCAAAUGGACUGAUGAAAAGUGGGAUCAUACCAAGGAUUUUGGUCAACAGAUGGCCGCUCUUGAAGUGAUUCAGUCUACGCUUAUUACACGUGUAGCUGCCCCUGUCACUGGCGAUAACGGAGGUACUAGUAAAGGAAACCCCGGUGCCGGAGGCAAGCCUGAGGAACCAAAACCAAGCGCGUUAUCCCACACCAUUACUACAGCCGACAGAGCUGGUGCCGGAAUUCUAACUGCACUGAUGAUGGUUACAAUAGGAGGUUCGUGCAGCUGGUUACUCUGGGAGUAA